AACCGUAAAGGUUAGGCACGUGAUCAGUAGUAUUAUGUAAACAGUGUUUGCUCCAGACAUGUCUUCAGCUCAGGCUUUCGUUUUCUUUGUUGUAUUAUUAUUUACCACGAGUUCAGACUGUCAGAAAUAUAAACCCACAUGGGAGAGUAUCGACUCUCGUCCAAUUCCUGGUUGGUACGACGAUGCCAAAGUGGGCAUGUUCAUUAACUGGGGAGUUUACACCGUGCCCUCUUGUACCAGUGAGUGGUUCUGGUGGUUCUGGAAAGGACAGCCACAAGCAAACGUGGUAGCAUUCAUGAACAAAUUUUAUCCACCGAAUUGGACGUAUGCAGAUUUCGCCAAAGAAUUUCGUGCUGAGUUUUUUGAUCCCAAGAAGUGGAAAGAUAUAAUUGUUGCUUCAGGUGUAAAAUAUGUAGUUUUGGCAUCCAAACAUUGUGAUGGCUUCAGCAUGUACCCAACAAAUGUGACAUAUCAAUGGAAUGCAAGAGAUGUUGGUCCUAAACAAGAUCUUGUGGGUCCCUUAAAGGAAGCACUACAAGGAACAGGGGUCAGGUUUGGGAUCUAUCAUGCAAUGAUUGAGUGGUUCAACCCAAUAUGGCUAUCAGACCAAAAGAACAAUUUCACCACACAAAGAUAUGUCAAAGACUACAUCCACCCACAACUACGUGAAAUCAUCAACACAUACAAACCAGAUAUUCUGUGGAAUGAUGCUUGCUGGCUCGCUCCAAGCUGGUACUGGAACUCCACCAUAUUCUUGGCCUGGUUAUACAAUAAGAGUCCUGUCAAAGAUUCCAUCGUUGUGAAUGAUCGAUGGGGCUAUGACUGUUUUUGCAAACAUGGAGGAGUAUGGACCUGUUCUGAUCGUUUUCACCCCGGUCAUGUUAUGCCACAUAAAUGGGUGAAUGCCAUGACGAUAGACAAAGGUUCCUGGGGCUUUAGAAGAAAUGCGGAUCUGAGUGACUUUUACUCAAUAGAAGAUCUCCUGGAGGAAGUGAUUUAUACCAUCAGUUUCGGUGGGAACAUUUUGAUUAAUGUUGGACCUACAUCUUGGGGCACCUUCUCCCCAAUCUAUGAAGAACGAUUCCGUCAACUUGGGGCGUGGUUAAAGGUAAACGGAGAGGCGAUUUAUAAAACGACACCGUGGAGUCACCAGAACGACACAUACAGCCUAAGAGCUUGGUACACAGCAUCGAAGGCAGACAAGUCUGUGAUUUACUGUAUGAUCUUGGACUGGCCUAUAACUAAUGAAAUCCUCCUGGGAUCAAUGAAGGGUAUACAAGUUUCUUCGGUUGAACUACUGGGAUCAGAUGCAGUGAUGUAUUUUUUCCAGGAAUCACAAGGUCUUAGGGUUUUAUUCCCUGCCAUCAACAUCCGUAAAAUGCCUUGUCAGUGGGCCUGGAGUUUGAAAAUCACAUUCCGAAAAUAGUGAAAUAGACGAGUCCUUAAAUACACAUUGAGAUUAGGAGCAGAUUUGGAAUCUCACUUUGAAAUUGAGCAGUACAGCUCCAAUAUAGUGUAUAGUGCAAUCACAACUUCUUGGGUGUUUUUAGCAAGGGCAAGAAAAAGCCUCAAAUAUUUUAUAGAGGAAUGGAGUCUAUGCAGGGUGGAUACUGCCAACCAUUGUGCAAGUCAUUAACUGAUUGGUAAUUAUUAGGGCUGCCAUGGUUCAAAAAAAUUUCAUUUUGGGUCGAUUUAGGAUUCUUUAAUUCAGUUUCGGGUAUUUCGGUUCGGGUCUAUAUAGCUAUUUUAAAACUCUAGCAUACAAGUUAAACUCAUAAAUCUUUCUUGUAUUCUGUUAUAAUAAUUACUCGUGAGCGAGGACUCUGGUUUAGACUUGACAUCCAUGGUACUAGAAACAGUAUUGUCACUAUACUCAUUUCCAUUCCAUGCUUUCAAUGGUUUGUCAUUUGCGAUGUUUAUUCUGUGGUGUAUUCUAAAUGUGUCUGACAUAUCUUGCACACAUGUACUGUCAUUGUUUUGUCCACAAUGCCAUAAUUUAACAAUCGAUCAAAAUACAGCCACAUUUUGGAUUUUGACGCCAUUUUGUUUAAAUGGAUUUCUAAUAAUGAUUUUAUCAUAAAAACCAGACCCAAACUGAAAUACAGAAAAAUGGAACCGAACUCGACCUGUGUUUUUCGAUUAUUUUGGGUACCUGUUGCAGCCCUAGUAAUUAUCACAUUAUUUGUAAAUAUACUGUUGGGAGAUUUUAUCAGGAUAUGUUUUCUGUUAUAGAAAUAUCUAUAUUGCAUGUACUUAAUCAGUAAUUGUUGUAUGAAUCAAAUUUACAUGUGCAAUGUGUUCUAUGAUAUUUGUCCCCACGUAAACAUUCCAUAACAUGUACUUAAAUAACAACAUACAUAUUGAAUACAACAGUUUUAUUGACAGUAUUUUAAAAACAUAAAAAUGUGGCCAGAUAUUAUAUAUCCUUUGAUGAUACAUGUACAUACAUGAUCAAUUUCUUUUUUUUUAUGUUUAUGUUUUUGGUUUUAUUACUUCUGAGUUUUUCCAGUUCAAAAAUCAAUUGAUGCAAUAUAGUUAGAUGAAGACUUCUAAAUGACUUCCAGAUUCAUGCAUCAAGUUUAUUGUCAACGUUUUCAGUUUGUGAAAUCUUUAUUGGUUUUGAAAUCUAUCAUUAGUGAAAUCUUUAUCAUUAGUGAAAACUUUAUUGUCAGUGAAAUCUUUAUCAUUAGUGAAAAUUUGAUUGCAAGUGAUUUUUUUUUUAUCAUUGUUAGUAAAGUCUUUCAUCUCAAAACUUGCACCUACACUUGCCUGAUACAUAUAUGUGUUGGUGAUUUUCACCAAAGUCCCACUCAGAAAACUCAUGGUUAGGCUAUUAUUUGUCAAUGUGCAUGCCUCAUGGACUAUGUACUAACAAAUUUGUUUUGCCAUCCCUGUCAAAAGUAAGUGUGUUUGGUAGAUCAAAUGUGGGUGACUUUGUGUGAUAAAGAUUUGAAUUUGACCUCUGACCUUCAAUGUCAUUGGUUUGCUGUUGUUAUCCAUAUAGAUGUUGAAAGCUAUAGUUCUUUGAUAUUUUUUUUUUGUGUGGGGGGGGGGGGGGGGGCAACUUAUUCAUGAGUAUAACUAUUGGUCACUUGUGUUGUGAACCCCUUCUGUGUGGAAAUAAUUGUGUGAAGUUUAUGUUAAGGUUUAUUCUAAUUUGUUUAUUUUUAUUAUUUACUAUUUUUUAUCUUGAGAUUAUUUUUUUUUUUUUGCAUCAUUUGUUACAUUCCAUUACAGAUGUUUCACUGCAGAUUGUGAUGCAUUUCAGGUGUGAGAAAUGUACAUGUAGUACCAUAUAGCGUGGGUUUUUUUUUUUUUCCUGUGGAUCUAAAAUUUGGCGAUUUUAUUCCUCGAAGGUAUGCUAAUAAUUUUAGCGGAAUAAAUUUUGGCAGACAAGGAAGAGUUAUUUAUCUUGCAAAUAUUGAUGUCGCAUUUAGGUACAUAUUUGGCAAGUGAAGUUUUAGCAGAAAGCUAUAUCUAACUGCUAAGAUAAGCGAAAUUUUCACCCUGUGAAAAAAAAAAAAACCUCGCUAUACAGUAUGUAUGCGUGAGUACACAGUAACCGAGAUAUACCAUAGCAUGCAAUCGUGUUAUUGUAUCAUUCUCGCUAUCAAAUAAUUUUGUAUUAUAUAAAGUGACCGUCCAUGGAUGAAAAUCUCCUAAAAACCCUAAGAAAUCCAUUUAACAUUUUCUUUUUGCAUGUAUUUCUAUUUUUACACUAAAUGUUAUUUGUGUUUUAUUUUUUGUUACCUGUAAGAUCAGACUUCAAGAUUUCCAAAAUAUGUAUUUUUUUGUUGUUGGUUUUUUUUUUUUUGUGUGUGUGCGUUAUUUCAGAUAGAGAGAGAAAAUAGUCUGUAACCACAAACUGCCCUCUCAAUGAAUUUUCUGAUAGAAAUGUCAACUGUUUCAUGGCAUGAAUUUGAAAUGCUUUUCAGUUCAGUUUAUUGCAGAAAUAUGAUAAAUACUUAGUGGAGCAUUGCUUUGUUUUUGGUUUUAUUGCAAAGUAAUUCUCUACAUAAUAGGUGAGAACCCUGCAAGUUGAAAGAACUUGUGUUCAAACCGUUUGUAUAUGCACUUAUACAAUAAAAUAUGUUCAAAUCAAUCAAUCAACAUAAUAGGUGUAAAUUUCAACCUUGAAAGAUUACUUUGUGUUUAGUCCAGGCACUAGAAUCAGGGUGGGGCAGAAGGGGUAUAAAAUAUGAAAUUAUGGAGUGCAUUAACUAAACUUAUUUUUGCUUAAUAUUUUCAAUAUUAACAAUUUGUAUAAGCAUUAUAGAAAUGAAAAAUUAAUAAAUUGCAUAAAUAUUUUUCAUUUGACAGAAGAAAAAAAAUGACUGGGGUAUAAUGACCUGAUGACUUGAUCUGAUAAAGUAUUCAACUAAAGGCAUUUACUCCAGUUUUCAAAAUUUCAGUCUUGUAAAAUAUAACAUAUUUUUGGUAUAAUAUAAAGUAUUGACAAAUUUGUCAUUUGUUUCUUGCUUUUUGAAGUUAAUAAGGGGUAUAAAUGUCCAGAUUUUGGAUUGCCUGAUAGGGCUUUGUAUAAUAAUUAAUGAUUAGGUAAUGAUAUUUCACAGAAUUACGAGGGUUUUUUUGUAAUAUAAAAAGAUUUAAAUGCAUAGAGGGAUAGAUAACAGAAUUUUGAUGACAACUGUACACAAAAAAUAGUUUUUUAGACACACCAAAACACAAAUGAUCUCUUUGAAAUAUGAAAGCAAUAUGGACCAAUGCAGCUUAAAAGUAUGCUUCGACAUGAAUUAGACAAAAUGGAAAUUUUAUACCAGGACCUGAUUAUUAUUUUUUAAAAUUUUAGGGGCUAUAAGUUGAUGACACCCCCACCCCCUUCCUCUCAGGAUUUAGAAUUUUGAUGAUUGGACAAAAAAAAAUUUUUUUAGCUGUCAAGAAGAUUUAGACAAGUCAACUUCUACUGUAGCCCCGCCCCGCCCCAACCUUAUGAAGCUGUGUACCUGAAGUCACCAGAUACACCUGCAAUGGUUGAUCAGAAUUUUUUUCAAAAUGUGAGAAAGUGAGCAGAAAGAGUUUUUAUUUUUGAAUUGUAUGAUUUAAUUAGAUAAGGAGUUCAAUUGCCUGAGGCGGGAAUGCAAUGUGAAUGAUAUAUAGACUAUUUGAUUAAUAAUAUAAAUGUUUAUUUAUACUGUAUCUUAUGUGAUAUACAAAACUUCAGAGACCAUGUGAACUGAUGAUAUGCAUUCUGUAUAAAAUUACAACCACAAUAUGUAUUUUUAUAUUGUUUAUGGUAAUGUCAGCCGAAUGUUUUACUUCAAUAGACAGAUUUCAUGUCUGAUUGUUCUGGUGAACACCACCUCACGGUUGAAAGUGGUCAACAAAAUAAAUGUACUCAUGUAUUCUCA